AAAGAGCAGAAGCCAUGUGAGAAUUUCGCGAACUUCGAAGAGGGUGUUUGUGAGAUCGAUGAGAAAUUUCCAAGCGCAUCGGAGAUACGACUAACGAUUCUCUAUCGUCUUCGUGUACUCAACCUUCUUGACGAAUUGCGCGGCUGUUCUGGAACAAUGCGUCAUAAUAUUGAUGACGAAACUCGUGUAGCGGCUUUGAUGUCAUUGAGCGAGCUCUGCAAUGACCCGAGCGGAAGAGGUCAACGUGAGGUCGUCUGGAUUUUAGCCCAGAAAUACGUUUACUACAUCAUGGAUAUCAUUGAAUACGCCUCUGCUCAUAGCCAUCUUCGUUCCUCCUCAUCGUUUGUAUUCUCACUUCACCUGCUGGCAAUUGUAGUCGCAGAGGUAGAUGACCCGCGAUUCUGGAUACGAAAUGCAAAACCAUUUUCUCGACUUGUAUCCGCGAAAGGCGGAAUCACUUCUGGAAUGCACAAGAAGCUGUAUGAGUACCUGACUCCGUUCACGGAACCGUCGCUUCAAAAUUUAGGGACACCUGGCUCAGAUGUUAUUAGCCCCCUUAUCAAGGAGAUGAAAUCUGCAUUCGAACGCCGAAUGGAGCUUACACCGGCUCUCAGCACGAGCGUUCGCGUAUUGGAGGCUGUGUUGUUGAAUGCGACCAAAACAUCUCGUUUGGAACAAUUUCACAUGAUGGAACAGGAUGGAUCAUUAGACUCUUUGGCACAGUGGCUUUUCGAACUUGUUCAAAUUCGUCAUGCAAUGUGGCAGAUGGGUGAACCGGCGUCAAGUGAGGCAGCAAAACUUUUUCAUGUUUUUGCUUUCCCUGUUUUGCGCAUAUUUGCUUCAUACAUCAGGACCUGCAAUGAACUUGUCGGGAGUGUGGUCAAAGGUGCAACAAUCCGCGAACCCGAAGACGCCAAUCUCACUCGUCUAAACCAGCGUACCAUAGAGUUGCGGACGCUCAGUGACGUGAUGAUGGACACUCUUUUCCUAUUGUGGAGUUCGGCUGGUGGAAUGAAUGGGCAAAAAUUUAGUCCUGAAUGUCAGAAAAUUCGCCUGGCUGUUCUAGAUGUUCUCACUCCUACUUUGUUUUAUGAGAAAUCCUUGGCGUCAGUCAUCCAUCACAUAUUGUUCCGAAGUUGUUCUCGUCCUCAUUUAUUCGCUGCUGGCCUCAGUCUGUUGAUGAAUCUGGCUCCUUGGGCUCCACCGUUGGCGAUUUCAAAAAGCGAAGUGCGUUCGUGGAAGGAUGUGGUUAUUGGACAUCGUCAGCGCGUGAAUAGAUUCGUUCAUGCUUUUUUCUCGUGUGAAAAUAGAUACGACUUUGCCGAGAUUCUGCUGUCAUCUUCUCCGUACAUUUCUGAAUUGUCGUUGAAGUUCAUCGAUCGGAUGUGUCGCCUUGAUAGAAGACUCGCUCAAGAUCUGGCAGGGUCCGUUGCAAAACUACAUUCG